AUGCAACAGGCCCACAAAUCUCAUUUGCUGAAGAAGUCUCAGUGUCUGAUGGAGGGACUCACACAUCAGGGAAUCCCCACACUGCUCAGAGAGAUCUACACAGACCUCUACAUCACACAGGGGGGAAGAGGAGAGGUCAAUGAAGAACAUGAGGUCAGACAGAUAGAGAGAGCAUCCUGGAGAGAAGUAGGUGAAGAUGAGGACUCUGAUGAUCUAGAGGAAGAUGAGGACUCUGAUGAUCUAGAGGAAGAAGAUGAAGAACAUGAGCUUAGCCAGAUAGAGGAAGUAUGCUGGAGAGAAGCAGCCAAGAACAGGCCAAUCAAAUGCAGUGAUGUCUUUGAACGAUUAUCUAAACAAAUCAAACCCUCAUUUGCACACGCCAAGCUAUCAUCUAAAAAAGCCAAAGAAAAACCUAAAAAACCUAUGAGAAUUGUGCUGACAAAGGGAGUAGCAGGCAUUGGAAAAACAGUCUCUGUGCAGAAGCUCAUUAUGGACUGGGCUGAAGGAACGUCCAAUCAGGAUAUCGGCUUCAUAUUUCCACUUCCUUUUCGUGAGUUGAACCUGAUGAAGGACAAAACCAUCAGUCUGGUGGAUCUUAUCAAGCACUUUUUCUCAGAAAUAAAGGAUCCAAGAGUCUUCACCAGUUCAGAGCAAAAACCCAUGUUCAUUUUUGAUGGUCUGGAUGAAUGUCGACUUCCCCUUAACUUCUCCUCAAAUCCAGAGUGCUGUGAUGUGUCAGAGUCUGUCCAAGUUGACGUGCUGCUAACAAACCUCAUCAAGGGGAAUCUGCUUCCAUCUGCUCUCCUCUGGAUCACCACCCGACCAGCAGCAGCUGGUCUGAUCCCUCCUAAGUAUGUAAGCCAGGGGACAGAAAUAAGGGGGUUUAAUGACCCACAGAAGGAAGAGUACUUCAGGAAGAAGCUCAGCGAUGAGAUUCUGGCCAGUAGAGUCAUUGCUCACCUGAAGUCAUCCAGGAGCCUCUACAUUAUGUGCCACAUUCCAGUCUUCAGUUGGAUUUCAGCUACAGUAGUAGAGAGAACAUCACAUGGAUCAGGGAGCGUAGAAAUGCCAAGGACUCUUACACAGAUGUACACACACUUCCUGAUCAUUCAGGUUACAAAUAAAAACAGCAAGUACACAGAGCUUGAAGGAAGAGAUGAAGAGAUGGUUUUCAAGCUGGGGAGACUGGCUUUCCAGCAACUGGAGAAGGGAAAUCUGAUCUUUUAUGAUGAAGACCUGAGAGAAUGUGGCAUUGAUGUCACAGAAGCAUCUGUGUACUCAGGAGUGUGCACUCAGAUCUUCAAAGAGGAGGCUGGAUUGAACCAGGGGAGUGUGUUCAGCUUUGUGCAUCUCAGCAUUCAGGAGUUCCUUGCAGCGUUAUAUGUGUUCCUCUGCUUCACCAACAGAGAGAGAAACUUGUCUGGCCAACAGCAAUCCUCUCAGCUCCCUGCUCUGUUCAGAGCAGCAACACUUCAAGACCUACACAAGACUGCAGUGGUUCUGGCUUUACAGAGUAGGAAUGGACACCUCGACCUUUUCCUCCGCUUCCUUCUGGGCCUCUCUCUGGAGUCCAAUCAGAAACUCUUAAGACCGCUAAUGCCACAGAACACCAGCCACUCACAGAGCUCAGAGCCAACAGUGCAAUUAGUCAAACACAACAUCAGGGAUUAUUCUAAUAGAGGCAGUAACAGAUAUCAGAGUGGGUCAGACAGACAGAUCAACCUGUAUUACUGUCUGAAUGAGCUGAAUCAGCAUGCUGUAGUGGAGCACAUUGACAGAACCUCAGGAACUCUUUCUGUAGAGAUGCUCUUACCAGGACAGUGGCAGACUAGACAGUUUAGGUUUAAGACUUCAGAAGAGUAUCUGAAUGGGUUUGACCUGCAGACGUACAUCAAGACACCUGAGAUGGACCAGACUGAACUCCUCCGCCCAGAUGACAUUCUUCAGAAGCUGACUGAUGUGUUCACAUCAUCCACCUCAGCACAGCUGGAUGACACCCUGUCAGGGAAGAGCCUUUCCUGUCUGGCCUCUGUCCUGACCUCACACUCCUCACGUCUCGCACAACUGACGCUGAAGGGCCAAGGCCAGGGGUCAUCACUGCACGUGUCAUCUUCAGCUGGGUGCCAUCCAGACUGCAAGCCCUGGGAGUUGAGGCUGGAGGGAUGUGAUCUGACAGAGGAGAUCUGCUGCUAUCUGGUCUCUGCUCUGACCUCACACACAUCUACACUCUCUGGGAAACGCCUGAAGGAAGAGGAGGGGGAACGAUUAUGUUCUACUCUUAGUCAUCAAGACUGCAGACUGGAGACACUACGCUGGAGAGGUGUGAGCUGUCAGAUGAGAGCUGCUCCUAUCUGGCCUCUGCCCUGA